AUGGAUCCGAACACAAAGGACUUCUUAUACUUCACAGCGAAGCUGCAGGAGACUCCAAAUUUAUGGGAAGCGUAUAAACAACCUAAAAUUUAUGAGAUCAAAAUGCUUACGGUUAUACCAGAGUAUCGAAGACAAGGCCUGGCCGUAAUGCUCGUCGACAAAUCGAAGGCGCAGGCAUUCGAUCAAGGGUACAAAGUGAUACGCAUGGAUUGCAUUAAUCAAUACGAUUACAAGGUAGCUGAAAGAUGCAUGAUGAACUGUCUUACCAAAUUUCCGCUGCACAAAAUACGCAGUGCAAACGCGCCUUACAUCAAGCGUAGCUCGGAGCACAACAGAUUUGUGCGGGUCUACGUCGAGGCGAGGGUGCAGGGCGAUAAACCAGACCGGGUACGCUUGAGACAACGCCAUGACUUCGAGAGCUUAAUCGAAUGA